GAUUGUGGUAUAUCCAAACGAGCCAAACUCCAUAUUCGUCAUUCACAAACGAUUCCCUACCGGAGGAGGACCUAGCUUCUACCAAGCCGCCACUCCCGUCGUUAGUGUUAGUGAAGAUACAUAACACACCGGACUAUAUCUAUACGUGAGCUAUAGCACACUGGCACAUCUUCCAAUAUGGCGAAUGUGAGGGACAGUGAUACUUCGUUGUGGCUUCAUAACAAAUUGGGAACGUCAAACGAUAGCUGGACAGGAAGCUCAAUCUGUUCUCAGUUGAAUGCUGAAGUGUUGAGAAACAUCAAGGACUGUUUUCCCGAUCUACAGACGCAGGUCAAGCUGAAAUUACUCCUUUCUUUCUUUCACAUACCACGGCGCAAUGUUGAAGAGUGGCGAGCAGAACUCGAGGAGAUCAUCGAAGUGGCAUCAUUGGACAGCGAGUUAUGGGUAUCGAUGUUGGCCGAAGCGAUGAAGACCUUCCCCUCGACGGGCUCCCUGAACACAGACAUCUCAGACCUCGACGAGCAUCGUCCAAUCUUCGGUGAGCUCGUCAACGAUCUUCGUAAACUAUUGAAGAAGCAGCAUGACCCAGCGAUGCUACCCCUGGAGUGCCACUACCUCAAUAAAACAGCCCUGAUAUCAGUGGUGGGCCAGCAGCCAGCACCAACCAAGCAUUUCACCCUUAAACGAAAGCCCAAGAGUACAGUACUCAGGGCUGAAUUGCUACAGAAGAGUGUGGAUGCUGCAAAUAAUUUGAAAAAGAGCACUACCCCAACGGUUCCAGUGAGAAGUAGAGGAAUGCCUCGAAAGAUGACUGACACAACUCCCCUGAAGGGCAUUCCCAGCAGAGUUCCAACGAGUGGCUUCAGAUCCCCAGCGAUAACUCCAUCCUCGAUGUACACCAGAACCCCCAUCAGCAGUAGAAGUCGAAAGGACGGGGGUAUUAAGCUACUGGAGAUUACAGAGCAACCCCUGGGGUACGCCCAGGCAAAGAAGAGAAAACGAAUACUGGAGCAGGAGGAGCAGCAGAAGAAGGUAGCAGAGGCGCAGGCAGCAGCUGCCGCUGCUGCAACGACCAGUCCUACUCCUGCUGAAGCAUCCACCACACCUGAAUAUGCUCAGGGACUGGCUCCUAUCAACCCACCAGCUACACCAGCUACAGCCAGUACCAUUACAUUAACCUCGACUACCCAGACUUAUACCACUACGACUACCCCUAUUGCUGUGCCUACGACACCUGCUACACCUCAGACUCCGACAACACCAAGUACACCAGCCACCCCCAGCACGCCAGUUCCCACUCCGACGAUCACCCCAGUGGAGAGCAGCCCAGUGGGUGUUCAGACAGUUCGUCCAGCUCAGACUGUCACCCAAAUUCGAAUUCAGACAAAUCCACCGCCAGCAAAUGCCGCAAACACCAGAAAGGGUUUAUCUCUCACGAGAGAACAGAUGCUGGAGGCCCAGGAGAUGUUCCGAACAGCCAACAAAGUCACUCGACCCGAGAAGGCCCUCAUUCUCGGCUUCAUGGCUGGAUCAAGGGAGAAUCCCUGUCCAAAGCUGGGAAAUAUCGUCACUGUCAUGCUCUCGGAGAAAGUCGAGGAUGUCAGCCAGCCGGAUGGAACUACAGUCUCGAUGCUUGUUGAAACCCACUUCCAGAUGAACUACACCAAUGGCGAGUGGAAGAGGAUAAAGAAGAACAGGAGGGUUGUCACCGAGGAAUCAGUCACCACGAGCACCCCUACAGCGCCUCCGACUGCCACAGCAUCGAAUUAAUUUUUUUUUUCAUGGCCUCAUCAGCUGUUGAUGGAACUGCAGGGCCAGGGGAUGAGAGAAAAGCAAAACGAAGACAAUCGGGAUAUUCGUGAACAUGUGCAAUCAUCGGGAAUCUAUUGCGGACAUUUUCACUCGUCAACAUUAUUUUUCAGAAGAAUCAGUUCUAAAAUUUCAUCAACAGCUGAUGAAUUUCUUCUCUACGCACAUAAUUUUUGUAAUUAUCGAAUCAUUUUUCAAAGUUUCUGUCCUCGCCUGAAUAACGAUUUUUUUUGGCACAAGGGCUUCUGACACAUUUGAAAAUUAUUAUUUUCGACUAUCGUUUAUCAGUUAUGACAAAAUUAAAGCUCGUGGUAGUUAGGACGUUCUCGGUAAUAUUUACAAAUCGCCUAAAUAAACAAAUCAGAUCUCAAUUUGAGAAAAAUCUAUUGGAGAGAAAAUUAUCGCUUAUAUAUGUUAUCAUAUAAUGAAUACGAAUCAUGUGAUGAAAGGAUUAAAUUGUUCGUAACUUAUAUUUUUUCCUCAAGGCAUCACGAAUAUUACAACUAACAAAUGUGAGGAAUUAAGUCUUGUAAAGUUGUUAUUCAAAUAAAAUAUAAUUAUAUUGAUAA